AUGUUCUCCAGCGUUCGACUUUCUAUAACGCCACUGCGGCUUUGCAAGACUGAUAUAUUAAAAGGUUCCGGGAAACUUCCGUCUUUAAUGCGUGGUCCAUAUUUUCGCACGACGAAUAAAAAGACUCUCAAACAUCUAACGGCAAUUCCAAGUAAAAGUUAUUCCACCUCAACAAACGAUAAAACCUUAGGUGCAUCCGAGCAAACGACACAUUCCGAUUCCGAAACAAAGAAGGAAGACAUUAAAGGACCCGAGGACCCAUCGAAAAAAAAAAUCUACGAGCCCAUAUCCUCGCUUCUUUCCAGGCCUGCGGUAAUAUCGAAAUUGAACCAUGACGGAGCACAGUUUUUGGUUCAAAGAAUGCGUGAUAUAACUGGCGCAAUUAAAUUCGGCGGUACUCAACACGCGCUCUCCGUUGCAUCCAAGGCGUUAAAUGAGCUCACAGGAUACUCGUCAGUGGAGGGAAUGAAAGAAAAGGUGAUUCAGCAGGAAAGAGAUUUCAUGGCCACACGGCAACGUUUGGCAGAAGCAAAACAUGCUUACGAGGAGGCCAUCACCAGGCGGUCCACCACACAACGUGAGAUCAAUGAACUACUCCAACGCAAGCACCAGUGGUCUGAUGAUGACGUUGUACGGUUUACACAAUUGUACAGAGAUGAGCACAUAAAUGAGCAGGCGGAAAAUACGGCAAAGGAAGAAUUCCGCAAAUGCGAACGACAAGUUGAACAAGAAUACACCGACCUAACACGGUCGAUAAUGUUACGUUAUCACGAGGAACAAGUUUGGAGUGAUAAGAUCCGUAGUGCGUCCACUUACGUUACAAUCGCUUUGAUGAUGCUCAACGUAAUUCUAUUUAUUGGUGUACAGACGAAACGACUUGAGACAUUGGAGGAAAAAAUUGGCCAAUUACUACAGUUAUCAACAAAUCUAUUUUACAAGAACUCUGAGAAUAAUACGAAUACAUUCGAUGUUGGCAAUUCAGAGUUGCCCAUGACAGAAGAAGAAAUUAAAUCUUUCAUGGAUGAUUUUGAAAAACCAGUGGAUAGUAGUCAGCGUGUAAGAAAGCCAAUUAAACUGACACGAGAUGAGUUUGACAAUAUCAUACUCAUAUCAGCUCUCCUGGGGGCAUCUAUAGGUUUACUUAUCAGCGUUAUGGUGACCGAGUUAUUUAGUAGAUAA